GUAGAUGGUAAAUGGACGGAUGCGACUAAUGUGAGUUUAUUAGUUAGAUGCACACGGACUGUCGCGUUGUGAGGACGUGCUUUCUUACAAUAGUUUACGAGCAGCGUCAUUGUUUUAUAUCUCUGCGUCAAUUUGCAUUAACGUCUGUUUCGCGGUUUAUAUCAUACGCAUACAUACUUAUAUACGCUACCUAUGCAGAAGUGUUGCCGAUACGGUUGCAAUUAUUCUAAUUUCAGAUCGCACUAGGUUUUCGUCUCGAAAAAAACAAUAUUCACUUUACACGCAAAAUAAUCUUAAACCGCCAAAGUCUAGUGUCACAUCGAAAUUCGGGGAUGAGAAAAUAAACAGCUUGUAUACGAAAGCCGGUACGAAACAUAAGCGGGUGGCCAUUUACCUGUAUGGAAGAGUUUACUAUUGUUACCAUCAUCGUGCACCGUUCACCCAACAUAGUCCAGCUUAGUGUUAAUUUUUCGCAGAUCAAAAAUCGUGUGUGAUUCCGUCGCACAGAAGCUGCAGUCGAAAGAGUUAGUGCUACCAAGUGGCGACGGAGCGCGUGUCCACCCACAAAAACAACAAACAAGUUGCACACAUGAAUAUAUAUGUACGUAGAAGCAUAUGAACCUGCACAUACAUUUAUAUAUAAGUGGAUAGACAUGUCUAUGGGAGAGUGUGGCGGAAAAUAACAUGUCACCCCUAUCACAUCGCAUGUAACCAAGUGAGCGACGUCGUCGAUUGCCAGCUGCUUAUCCAUUCCCGUCGCUAAUUCAGUCGCGCUAGCUACUUCCACCAGCACAAAAGUCGACUCCACCAACGCCACCUCCAUCGAUACGGCCGCCGCCACAAACAACCUAACCAAUAAACCAAAAUCAAAUUUUCAAAUUGGCAUCAAAGUGUAAAAACCGUUAGAUAAAAUUGAAUUAUCCCAAUGUAUGUGGCCACAGUCACUCACAGGACAUCGGCGUGUACGGACGCACUCAUACUCGCACUUGCACUCAGGAAGUGCAAAAGCGAAGGGCAUAUGAUUUUAUAGUAUAGUUCUCUCCAACAUUAAAUCAGUGGCCGGUAACUGUUUUAUUAACUCUCUCUCUCGCUCGCUUACAAGUGGUUCUAUGAAGUUUUCUAAUUGGAAUCGAAUUGUCGAAUUGGACAAGGUGGAAACGGUAGAAAUGUAAUAAAAUAUGUAAUAAGAACAACAACAUACCAAUCCCUAAAAUACAAUACAAACCCCUGUGUGCAUAUAUGUAUACACAUGCAUACAUAUAUACGAGUACUAAAUUAUGUACGUAGUGAAAAUAAAAAUAAAAACAAACGAAAAAAAACAAAAAGAAAAACAAAAACAGAAACACAUUUACCAAAGCUGCAAAAAAAUCCACAAAUUCUCGACAUCUCCGGAAUAAAAACUAUUUAAGCAAAACAAAGAUCGCUUGGUAAUUAUUUCUUAAAAAAAAAACAAGGUGUACAAGGUUCCUAUCGUUAGUAAAAAUAAUGCAUACAAAUAUUGCAUAUACCUGUAAAGUGUAUGUUGAUAGAAUGAAAAUAUAAACGCUAAAGUUGUAUUAAAAGCUGCAUGAGAUAAGAAAUGUUUUAAGUAAAUUUGUAUGUAUAUUUCUAUUUGCAAAAUGUAAAAAGUGUUGAUACGUGAUUCUGAAAUUCGAAUAAGUAAACCAAAUGUGGGAACUAAACGCUACACAUACGGACGCGAAUAUUAGAACAAGAAAUAAUUAAAAUAAACAAAAUUUGUGAGCAAAUAUAGAGACUGAUUCCUGAAAUGCUAUUUACAUAUCACUUUGUGUAAAUGUGAAUUACAUUAAUUUGGAACGAAAACGCUCGACGCAAUUAGCAAAUAGGAGCCGUGGACAAAGUGUAUAUUAAUGUGGAUAAACCCUGCGAUAGGCUUCAACAGAUCCUAUUAAUCGCCAACUUAGGAAAGAUGAGAAUUAAAAUGCCCGCCGUCAGAAUUGCACAAGACUCAGAUGCCAUGGAAACAGAUUCUUCGGCGCAGGAUAUGCUAACGUGUGGAUCCUGCCAAAAAACAUUUGCUCUUUCGGAUAUAGUUAGAUUUAUACAACACAAAGUGCUACAAUGUAACAAAGAGAACUACGGCCAAUGUUCAACUCAAGCUCCGACAACCGAUAGAGAUGCGGACGAUGGGCGACCUUUAAGCCUGGUGAACAGAAGGCCUUCAAUAUCAGCUCCAAUCAUUAAUCGUAAAGCGUCUGGGUCCGGCUCACGCAUCCAUACACCUCCACCAAGCCCCGCGAAUCUUUUAGCUGAUGGUGCGUCUAGCACCCCCAAGCGCUUAGUCGAUGAAAACGACAACACAACACCCAGGAAUGAAGGAGUAACCGAGAAAAAUACAUCUUCGGAAUGCGCCAGCACUAAUUUAGCUGAGUCUUUUGUUACAAGUGAUUCAGUAAAGGUAAACACUAUAAGGAUAAAGCAGGAACAAGAGCAUGUCAAUGACGAAGCGAGCAUAAAUAUCGCGUUACAUGCACACGAUUCCAGCCAGGACAAUAACGAUGGUCAACCGAUGUCAAAACGUCCUAAAAUUGAAAUGGCUGACGCGGAAUCUAACACAUUGCACACAGAGCCCAGCUAUUACACAUGUUCUACAUGCAAGACUCGCUACACAUCUGCCUGGCGUUUAAUUCAACAUGUGCAGCAUUCGCACGGCGUUAAAAUAUAUGUAGAGUUCCCCUCUUCUUCUUCCUCACAUUCCAGCAGCUCAAUUUCGGAUCCUGCCUCAUCGAAUUCACUAUUAUUAACGCAUCCACACUCAACAUCAAUGCCCAUAGUUGUAUCAGCACCGACAAUAACCUCAGAGGUAUCAACGACGCAGCCUUUGUCGACUUUACCCUCCGCAUCGUCUUUGUAUCCGCCCAUCAGUCAUCAAUCACAAAAAUCUGAUAACUCGAGUACAAACUGCAGCAUUAGUAGCAGUGGUAGCGGUAGUGGCAAUGCCUCAGCCAACUUACCAGCGCCGAUUUGUAGUGGUCACUCAAAUGCUGUCCAGCAACAGCAAAUCCAACAACAACUUCAACAACACCGAGUAGCCGUUGCUACGGCUGCAGCAGUUGAGCAGCAUAAGCAACAACAGCAAAGCAAUCUAACAACAGCAAUGCAAAAUGCGCAAAACUUAGCAGUAGCUGCGGCUGCGGGUAUUCGUCAUCAUAGCCUGUUGCCACCACCAGAUAUGCAUGCAAAUCCGUUUAAUCUGCUGCGAAUGCCUUUACCACCGUCACUGGCACAAAGUCCUGUAGUUCCUACUGUCGCACCCCUGUUUUCACGGCCCCACCCCGAUCAUUAUAGAAUGGAGCAACUGGUAUCGGAGCAAUUUCGACACCACGGCCUCAACUUAGCAGCAGCAGCUGUUGCGGCCGCUAACUCUCUUACCACUCCGCACUCUGGUGCAUCACAAUUCAGUCAGGGUAAUGGCACUCCUUCCAGCGGUUCGAUGGAACCGCGACCGCCCUCUAAUAGUAAUACCCACCGAAGCUCUGCGCCACCCACACCUUUGCCACCUCCACCAAUAAGCAUUCCACAACAAAAUACUGCUAAUCAAGGAGGGCCUCAGACUGGUAUGCAUCUUGAACCACAGAUGGAUUUUUACUCGCAGCGAUUGCGUCAGCUUGCAGGAACAACAAGUCCUGGGGCUGGAAAUAUUGUUAACUCGAGCUCGCCGAGUCCAAGACAAAAGCAAUCGCCACAUUUUGCGAGCCCUUCACCAUCCCAACUACCUCCUACACCAGUGACAAACAAUACGCGGCCACAUUCAUUAACUCCUCCACAUAAGAGCGAUUCUGUGAAUCAAGAAAACGAAAAUAUCAACUCCACGCCACGAUCAGCAUCUACGCCACCUUCAAAACCCAGCCAAGAGAAUGCCGCAGUAUUCGCAUGCGCUUAUUGUGAGAAGAAAUUUCGAUUUGAAAAUAAUUUGAUUAUUCAUCAAAGGACACACACCGGAGAGAAACCCUACAAAUGCACAGCCUGUGAAUUUGAAUGCUCGUAUAUCAAUAAAUUGAUGAAACAUAUGCGAGUUCAUCGUAGUCCAGAGGAUGGUGCAAGUAAUGCAGGUUCGGUAGAUUCUAACGAUGCCGAAGACUCAGAAGCUGAUGCCGAUGCUGACGCAGAAGCAGAAGGAGAGGCGGAGAUCGAUGGGGAGGAAGAUAACAUGGAUGAAGACGGAAUGGAAGAAGAUGAGGAGGACGAUGCGGAAGAUGGCGAAGAUAUCGAUUACGAAGCCGAAGAUCUAAGUGUUAGUAAUCGGAUAGAUGGAAAGAGCGAAAGCCCAAAAACCACAAGUACCGGCCCUACAUCGUUGGUAGGCGAACUAAUGGAUAAAUUUGGCUUAUCGAAUAUAGCGCAAUACUCCGAAGCCUAUAAACAGGCAUUACAAGAAUCUGGAAAAUUCAAAUAUUUAGCAAAUAAGGAUAGAGACAAUAAUAACUCAAGCAAUUCAGGAAUAUCACAGAUAUCAGAUAAAUUGAACGGUUUCCCAACAGCACUACGUCUACGGGAUGAACUUUCGAAGAAUAUGUUCCAACAGUCAUCUCAACCUGAUGCCUCAAGUCAAGUGCCGCUCUUCAACCCAUUUCAAAAUCCUUUUGAAUUAUCGAAACGUGUUAAAAUGGAUAGCAACGACUGGUGGAAUAUGUCAGCUUUACAUCGAAAUGAUUCACUUUUCGAGAAUCUAAAAAUGAAACCUUUAGGACUGGGUACCGCCAACUCAAUGCUCCACAAUUCAAUGCUAAAGAAGGAUAAUCGUCAACGCAAUGACACAUGUGAAUACUGUGGUAAAGUGUUCAAAAACUGUUCCAACUUAACUGUACAUCGUCGCAGUCACACGGGUGAAAAACCAUACAAGUGCGAAUUGUGUUCCUAUGCCUGUGCGCAAAGUUCCAAAUUGACUCGCCACAUGAAAACCCACGGACGCACUGGCAAAGAUGUCUACCGUUGCCGCUUCUGUGAUAUGCCCUUCAGCGUGCCGUCGACAUUGGAAAAGCACAUGCGCAAAUGUGUUGUCAAUCAAGGCAAAGCAGCGGCUGCAGCAGCAAAUGCCGCAAAUGCAGUAGCCGCCGCACAAGCUGCCGCUGCAGCCCAACAUCUCCAAUCACAAUUGCCAACACAAUUAUCACCUGCAAGCUCACUUUCAUCAUUCCCAUCUCAAUUUGUUGGCAUAACCGGCAGCAAUACUGGCAACAAUAUUUCACUGCCCGGUAGCAUUAGUGGCGAUAACGACGCAAAUCUACCAACAAGCCUGCCAACACACCCCAUCUCAUUGAAAGAAGAGGCAUGACUUUUCCCCCAUUGGAUUGGUAGCGCAAACAGUGGCCCUGACAGCACUAUGAAUUACAGUCCACACCAUCAACAUUUGGCAACGCGUUUAUUAGCGCCACCACCACCACAUCCACAUCUUCCAUUCGAUCCCCGCCUGCAUCAUCACAACCACCAUACGCAUCCCCUGCCUCAAAACUCUCAGCCCCAUCAGUUAUCGACAGCAAAUCGCAUGAUGUCGCGUAUUUUCUGAAUGCACACACACAAACCCAAUAUAUAAUCAAAUAAAAUAAUGAACCAACCGAUUGGUUAUUUUAGGCGGACCAUAAAAGCGAUGGAGAUUUUGUAAAUACGUGUAAAGACCCGACUUUUCCGUAUAUGAACCCACAUAUGCAUGUGCAUAUAUAUGUAGCUAUAAGUAUGCAUAUAUGUACAUCCAUAUGUAAAUACUCUCUCACUACGAGUAUACUCCACAUACAUAAUACGUUUUGCAGCAAAAUGGAUUUUUUUGUUUCCAAAAAGAAAAUAGUGCGUGCUGUCGGAGCCAACUUUUACCCAAUUAUCCUUUCUGAUCAUAUAGUUUUUAUACAUAUACUGAGAUAAAACCAGAGGCAUUCGAUACCAAAGCAAUAAUUUAAAUAUAAAUUAAGUCUACAAUAAGUCUCUCACAUGUUUCGUAUGCGGAUAUGUAUUUUUACACAUGUGUAUGCACAUACAACUGUACAUGCGUGUAAAGUACUUAGUAUUUUAUUUUAAUUUUGGGGCCUUACUUGCCUUAACUGACAUACAUUUUUAAAUAUAAUUUAAUUAAUAUGUGAAAACCUUUGAAAUCAUUGCACUUCGUUUUCCCCUGUGUAUAUUUAUUUUCAUGACCAGUGAUUUAUAUGUACAUAAAUGUAAUUAAAAAAUUAAUUAGUAGUAAUAAAACAAUGACAUUUCUUUAGUUUUUUUUUAGAAUAAUCUACCCCUCCAUAUAUUUCGAGCAACUCAUUGAAGUUGAAUAGAUUUUAAAUAACUACAUAUGUACUACUUGUUAUUACUUUAUUAUGAAUUAUUAGAAAAUAUACAUAUGUACAUAUGUACAUGAAUAAAAAUCUUUUUAGCACUAAAUACAAUAUGUUCCACUUUCGAUUUUUUGGGUAAUCAUGCAGAACAAUACAACGCAAUUAAAAGACAAAGCUCUUCAAGUAUAUCCAAGACUGAAAUAAUUGCGUAAAUAUGAUUGUUUAAUUAUUUAAUUUAAUUAUUUCAUUUUUAUAAGAAUUUAGAACUGCAUCUACAUACCUAUGUGUGUCAUUUGCAUAUAAGUUGUUAUAUAUACGAGUAUAUUUAUACAAGUUCGUUUAACUCUACACAAUGUUACUUUUUAUAGAUUUUUCUAAUGAGCAUUUUGUUUAUAUACUUACAUAUGUAUGUAUGUAUGUGUUGUAAGGGGGUAUCGUUUUAAUUAUAAAAUUUUGGACCACAAGAUGAAUUUUUUAUUAAGUCUCCGUUAACUCUGUUUUAUAUCAUUAUUUUUUAAUUUAACAAGCGAUGCAUUUACAUCAGUGGUAGUCACCGUCAACUCAAUUUGUUGCUUUGGAGUGGUUUGCCCAUCACUGUUCUAAAUGCAUCCAAAUAUUUUUAGAACAUAAAUUUGAUUCUGUGAAAUUAAAAGACGCUUAGCAGCUUAAGAACACCUAAUUGUUUUAAUAAAUUUUUUCGAAGUAAUCACUUUUAGUUUUGAUGGUAUGUGAGUAAUCAGCUAGAGACACUCAAUUUUAAAACUGAUUUCUUGUUUUAUAAUUUCACAAAUUGCCUUUGUUUGUUAAAAAUAUAUACAUAUGUAUAUACAUAUAUUUUAUAUAAAUAUAUAUAUAUUAAAUGGAGUUUUUAUUAAGAAAAGUUCAGUCCAAUUAGAUUAGAUUAUUUUUCUCAAAAGCAGAUUUAUUAUGUAUUAUUAUAUAUUGAACCAGCUCCAAAAACAAACAUACAUACAUUCUUACAUACAAAUAUUGUAUUAGAAAUUCUUAAUGUAUUUAAUAUAAAAUGUAUCCUAUGAAUGAAUGCAAAAGUUUGUUGUGUGAGUGCUCAUAAAGCCCAUAAAGAGUGUAUGCAAAAACAUUUAUUUGUGCAUGUUUGUAUGUACGGAUGUAUGUGUGCGUGUAAAUAUUUUAGCUAAUUAUCAAUGUGAAGCGUUACAUAUGAACGAUUUUAAUUGGUAUAAAAAUUAGUUGAUUCCCAAAUAUGUACUUUAUUUACUUAUAAAAACAAAAACCAUUUUUCAAUUCAGUGCAUCCAUACAAAUACUUAAUACUAGUAAUAUUAUAAACAUUGGCAAAGAAAUUGAAUUACAAUAAACAAUUGUAUACAAGUGUAUGUUUAUAUAUACAAACUAUAUGUAAAUAUAAAAUUUCCAAUAUUUUAUAAAUGUGGGCAAACAUAAGUUAUAGAAUUAUGUAGCUACAUACGUACUUAAUAAGUAA